GACGGAGAGGUAAAGGUAGCUCUGGUUUGAAUGUCACUACACGCGACUAUGUAAAUCAGUAGCUAUCUCACACGAUGACUCUCGCGCUUGGGUGUUGCCUUGCAAUACGGAAGGAUGUACGAUACCUCAUGGCCAUGGGUGGGAGUAAUUCAAGGUUGAAGGGAUAGUAUUUUGUUGUAACGUAGUAAUAGUAAUAAAAAAAGUCAGCUGCCAGCUGUCCACUAGCUUUUUGUUUAUUUUUGUCGUGUUCGAAGGUGACCGUUCUAAAGGUCGCGGAGCGAAUUUAAUUCGGGAUCCUUACGAGGUAAGAAUGAGGUCAUUGGUCCUACAGUGAACAGCUUGUGUGUGUGUUUGUGUGUGCGUGUGUGUCUGAGUGUUUAAAGAAAUCAACAUGGUCCUCUCCAACCUCAGAAGCUUUGGAAAGCAGCUUCUGCGAGUGAAGGUGGUCGACUGCAGCACAGAAGAGUCUCGGCUCUCCCGAUGCCUCAACACCUUUGACCUGGUGGCACUAGGAGUGGGCAGCACAUUGGGCGCUGGAGUCUAUGUGCUGGCCGGGGCCGUGGCGCGGGAAAACGCCGGUCCGGGCAUCGUCCUGUCCUUUCUGAUAGCAGCGUUAGCCUCAGUCAUGGCCGGACUGUGUUACGCCGAGUUUGGAGCGCGUGUUCCCAGAACGGGCUCCGCGUAUCUGUACAGCUACGUAACGGUGGGCGAACUGUGGGCCUUCAUCACCGGCUGGAACCUCAUCCUGUCUUACAUCAUAGGAACGUCCAGUGUUGCUCGGGCCUGGAGUGCGACAUUUGAUGAGCUUAUUGGGAAACACAUAGAGAAUUUCUGCAGGUUACACAUGAGUAUGAAUUCCCCGGGAGUGCUAGCAGAGUAUCCUGACAUGUUUGCUGUGGUCAUCAUUCUCACACUGACAGCUUUGUUGGCGUUUGGGGUGAAAGAGUCUGCUAUGGUCAAUAAGGUGUUCACCUGUAUUAACGUCCUGGUGCUGAUGUUUGUGGUCGUGUCGGGCCUGAUCAAAGGAACCCUCAAAAACUGGAACCUGAAUCCUAACGAAAUCCUCAACGACACAUCCUAUGAGAAUACAUCAGAGCCGUUGCCAUCUGAAGAAAGUUUGGGUGUUGGCGGUUUCAUGCCGUUCGGUUUCUCUGGAGUUCUGUCCGGUGCCGCCACCUGUUUCUACGCUUUUGUGGGGUUUGAUUGUAUUGCCACUACAGGUGAAGAAGUGAAGAAUCCUCAGAGGGCAAUACCCAUUGGCAUUGUAGCAUCUCUUCUCAUCUGUUUCGUCGCCUACUUCGGCGUAUCAGCCGCCCUCACAAUGAUGAUGCCGUACUACAUGCUGGAUAAGAACAGCCCUCUUCCUGUGGCCUUCAAAUAUGUGGGCUGGGAAGGGGCGACGUACGCAGUAGCCGUUGGUUCCCUUUGUGCUUUGUCCACCAGUCUGUUGGGCUCCAUGUUCCCAAUGCCCCGUGUAAUAUGGGCCAUGGCUGAAGACGGGCUCCUCUUCAAGUUCUUGGCCAACAUCAGUGAAAAAUCCAAAACGCCCAUAAUGGCCACUGUAACCUCAGGCAUAGUGGCAGCGGUGAUGGCCUUCCUGUUCGAUCUGAAAGAUCUGGUUGAUCUCAUGUCCAUUGGCACUCUUCUGGCGUACACACUAGUUGCAGCCUGUGUCUUAGUCUUAAGGUACCAGCCAGAGCAGCCCAGUGUAAAUGUCCAGUAUCAGAGAGCCAGUUGUCAGGAGGAAACGGAGGCUGAAUCCAUCAACGAGAGCAGUGCUGGUUUCCUGCCUGGAUCUCAAGAUCUUUGCACCCUCAGCAACCUACUGUUCCCCAAAAACGAGGAGCCGUCUCGUCUCUCUGGCUUCACUGUCAACAUCUGCACCAGUGUAUUAGGUGUUCUGGUGUGUGUGUUCUGUGUCGUGGCAGUUCAGGGUGGAUUUCAGAUCUGGGCUGUUGCGGUUCUUGCCACUCUGGCUGUUGUUUGUUUUGUCAUCACCAUGUUAAUAGGGCGGCAGCCUGAGAGCAAGACAAAACUGUCUUUUAAGGUUCCGCUGCUGCCAUUCCUUCCCGUCCUCAGCAUGUUUAUUAAUGUGUACCUGAUGAUGCAGCUGGACAAAGGCACCUGGAUGCGCUUCGCCAUUUGGAUGGCUAUAGGUUUUUUUAUUUAUUUUGCCUACGGGAUCUGGCACAGCACAGAAGCGGCCUUGGCCAGUAACGACACGGAAGAUAACACCUUCAAACCCACAAUGACAAAUGAACCAGCCACACCUGAGAAAGAGGCUUUCUUGAGUGGCGGCAUUAGUGCCAGAGCAGACGAGAGCAGCGACCCUUGAGAAAAAAAAAAACACUUGAAAUGUCCUGUUACAGAUGCCGUUAUGUGCUCCCUAUACCGACGUGUCUGACUUACAACAACUGAAAUGUCCAAACCGAGAGCUGCUAUUGAUGUUCAAGACGAUGUCGUUUGUGUGUUACUGUUGGUCCAAAGCACCUUUAAGCAGCAUUACAACAUGUAACUAUUAUUAUUUACCAGAUGAAUUGCCUGUUAUUCAGGUGAAACGUGAAGGACAGAAUUAAUGAUUAUAAUGUGUACAUAAAGAUGUGCACUGCACUAUUAGAACAGUCAGUUCUUCCUUUGUCUAAUUGGUCUAUUUUUAACUAUUUAUUUUUAAAGCAUGUAGCCAUCAUGCUUUAUAAAAGUUAUUUUGAGCGAACCGCAUUGCGUUGUUACCCAUAUUUUUCUUGUGCAUUUUAUAUGUUGAAUACAAAGGGACGCACCAGUUCACCAUGUCAGCUGAUACCGACCGUUGCUUUAAAACACUGACAGUUGCAAAGCUCCUAAAGAAAUUGAAAUAUUAAUUUUAAUCUGACAUUUCAAAUAUUUAUUUAGCUGACCUAAGCUGCUUUAAUUACAUUUUCUCAUUGUGAGAAGGUUCUUCAUGCUGCAAAUCGCAGCUCAGCUGUCAGAGACUUUUUUUUUUUUUUUUUGUUUUUUUCUCUUUAACAAGUUUGUAACUGUCCAGUGCCUUUUCUCACCGUUUUUGGUAGGCAGUGCUAAUGUCUCCUCACACUGGCACUGACUUUUAGUGGCCAAUUCUGGUGCCACUUUUCAGACUUUGAGGCAGUUGCCAACCCGUUAGGUUGGGAGAAAAUACUGUGCAAUUAAAGUCUUGGAUCUGGGAAAAUCUCUGUUCAGAGGGAUUGUAAUGAAUGUUUGUUUGGUCAGUUUCCUUUUCAUUCUGUUGUGUGCAUGUUGAUUCUCUGUUAGCUGUUUUACACUUGCAUCUGGUGUUGGGCUAAACAUUUUGUACAGCAUUUUUGGACUUGCAUUGUACUUUUGUUGUUCAUAUCUUUUAUCGUCUGUUGAUUUGUUUAAAAGCAAAAAAGCCAAAGAAUUCAUGAUUAUUAUUGUUUUGAUUAUGGAUAGCUGAUCCACCGUAAACCGCAUGAUCUUAUUGACAUUUUGCAUAAACCAAACAUUGAUUUUGCAGACACAUUAUUGCAUGUCUCAGUGCAUUUUGUGCAGUUUAUUUUUAAGUAAUUCAAAAAAAUAUUUGGUUGUUCAUGUUCAAAAGGUUUGUAAAUUUACUGUAAAUAUUUGCUUUAUGUUUUUCUUGUAAUAAAUUAUUUUCUUGUUUGUAAA